CGCCCACGAACGCAUUGGUGACCGAUGAUGGGAUGCGAUGUGAGAAGAAGGCACACAGCAGACAACACGCUCAGAAGAAUAACACCAGACGACACACUCAGAAGAAUAACACCAGAAGGCUUCGACCAACGGAUAAUAUGCCGAACUGGAAGCCUUUUAUCAUUCCUCCAACACUCAUCGUCACGCCAGCUCUCCCCUUCUCCUCCGCCCCGUUUCUCCUCCUUCCUACCGAAAUCCUCCUCCUGAUAUUCGACCAGGCCGGGUCUCUGGAUAAGCUCUGCCUCGCCCUCUCGUGUCGACACCUCUUACAAGUCUCUGCACUUGCAUCUCUACAUGUUCCAUUCAAGUGCAAGCAUCGAGGCUGCUGCCAAGAGAAGUUGCUCAAGCGUCUCAGGCCUGUGGACAUGCGCGGGAAGCCAAAGAGAAGCUGGAGGCUGUGUUGCGACUGCAUGCAAUAUCGUCCGACAAAGAAAAGUUAUUGGAAUAAGAAACUAGUAACUCAACGUUUCGAGGAGGCCUGGGGUGGCGCGGUCCGCCAUUGGAACACAAACUAUUCUCUACAAUGUCCUCAAUGUUGGGAAGUGGAAGCGCUUGGACGAUGUAUGUAGAGUAGUUGACCUGACCGCAGCAACACGGAGAUUACGAUAGUUCCCGUAGCACAACAGAGGAACUCAUUUUAUUGCCCUAACAGAAAGCAUGGGAAGGGGUAACGUUAUGAGGGCGAGGGUAGGGUGGACAGGUUGUGUCGUUAUGCAACUGUGAGCUCGAGAUCGGUCCAAUAACGCUACUAGACGCAUUUUGUCUAGAGAAUCAUUCUCUUUAUACCGUCUUUUACUCAGGCUAGAGCCACUUAUCCAUGUCGCAUGACCAGGUGUCCUGUAGUUGCUCGGCGGUCGUGGAGCUGACGAUUUCAGAGGCGAUGGGCGAAACGGCGAUGCUGGCAGCUGGAGUCUCCUUUGCAUGCAUCGCCCUGAAGGGGGGCGGAGGACGCUUUCGAGCAAUGGGUAGCUCGGGAUGCCACUUUUGGA